GCGCGAGCGCGACGCGUGGGCGAUCCCGUCGCCGAUUCGCGGCUCCUCCGGAAGCUUCUAGAGCGGCGGUGGAAUCCAAGCUCCCGCGGCGACGAGGGCACGAGGCGAACCAGAUUAGGAAGAAGCAUUCCUCUCCCUCUCCCUCUCCCUCCUACGGCUGAUCCGAUUCGCCAGCGGUUGAUAUGGGAAGAGGCUACAGUUACAGCCCAUCGCCACCUCCAAGAAGCUACCGGAGAAGGGCAAGCAGCCCGAUUCCCCGUGGUCGUUAUGGUGGUGGCGGUAGAGAUCUCCCAACCAGUCUUCUAGUCAGGAAUCUUCGCCGGGACUGCCGGCCAGAGGACAUUCGUCGGCCAUUUGGACAAUUUGGUCGUCUUAAAGAUGUUUAUAUUCCAAGAGAUUACUACAGUGGGGAACCAAGAGGAUUUGGAUUUGUCCAGUACUAUGAUCCUGAUGACGCUGCUGAUGCAAAAUACUACAUGGACGGGCAGACUAUUCUUGGCAGGGAAAUAGCUGUUGUAUUUGCAGAGGAAAACAGAAAGAAGCCUGCUGAGAUGAGAGCUCGUGACAGAAUAAGUGGCAGCAGAGGUCGUUCCUAUGACCAGAGAUACUCUAGGUCACCUCGAUACUCUCCUCCUCCAAGGGGAUACUCUCCACCUCGAAGGGGCCGUUCGCCUUACCGCAGCCCAAGCUACUCGAGGUCUCCUUCGCCUCGGUAUGCAAGGCGAAGGAUGAGAGAGAGGUCCUACUCACCUGUUGACAGCAGAUCCAGAUCAAGAAGUAGGAGCCCCAUAGAUGAGGGAUACGGUGGAUCCACACGGAGAGAGAGGUCGCUCUCUGUUAGCGGAUGAAAGCGUAACGCUGAGGUCUAGUGCUACGGUCGAUCUACGAAGUAAUGAGAGUACACUACUUUCUAUGGCUUUGCGAACCAUAUGUCCAUUAUGUGCUGUCGUGCUGUAGUAGUAUCAAUAACUUGGCAAAUACUAGCAUUAUGUCGUUAUGCCUUGUGAUUUGUGAAGUUCUUGGGGGCCUGUUCGACAGGCUGGGCCACUGAGGAGCGAAGAAGGGCAUCAUGGGACAGGCAGCCCGCUGAGCCCAGCAAUGCUAGCAAAAAACGAAUGCGAAUAACCGCUCUAUGCAUGUGUGGGAUCAGUGGUGAUAACGAGUCUAACUAUUUUGCCUAUAUAUUUUGCCUAUAAAAUUUGUGUGGGAUCA